UAAAGCGGAAGUGCAGUUUUAGAAAUCUUCCUGAUAGCGAUACUUCCGGUGCUUAUUUAGUGUAAACACAACACACAGCUGGACACUCAAAUAUGACCUUGUAAGACAGAGUUUAGAACCCGUGUGUCGUCCGCCGCGGUGAGGUUUCUUUUCCUGCAUUUUCGUCCACAGAAGUUGCUCUUCCGUGAAGCUAAAUUCGAGCGAACCGCCGUCUGACAGACAGCGAGCUAAGCUAGCGAGAAGCCAGAAACCGCUCGCGCUCGUUGUGUCCAAAGUUGGCUCAGUCAAGCCCUUAUAAAAAAGCGUCCUCUCUCAUGUUUGUGUCAGGUCAAUGGGAAACUGUCUAUUUUCACAAGGUGCGGAUGACCUCUCGCCUCUGAACGAGUCCGAGGGGGGCAGUCUGCCCGGAGAGCCGACGGCAGCACAACAGGAGCGCAACCAUCCUGUGCCCGUGUUCCAUCCAACCCCUGGGGCGAGUCGUCCAGUCAGCCAGCUGACGGAGGAGGAGCAGAUCCGAAUUGCCCAGCGCAUUGGACUAAUUCACCACCUUCCCAAGGGCAUCUUCAACCCCGGCUCUGACUCCUCUGAAAAGAAAGUGAAAGAGUGUGUGAUCUGCAUGAUGGAUUUUGAGUAUGGAGACCCCAUUCGGUUCUUGCCCUGCCUUCACAUCUACCACGUGGGCUGCAUCGACCCGUGGCUGAUGCGCUCCUUCACCUGCCCCUCCUGCAUGGAGCCUGUAGACGCAGCCCUGCUGUCCACCUACGAAACCAACUGAGCGGCCUCCCGCCGGCUGCUCCCGCCUAGAAACAAGUGCUCCUUCGUAGGCACGACUGUCCUGUUUCUGCUCGACAGGUAGCCACGGUGAUGUGGGAUGAAGCAGGUAUUUAUAGAAGUGGUUUUGCAGAAGUGCAAUGCUUAGGUUUGAUAUGCCCCUUUUAUUUCUUUGGAGGUGGGAAAGUUGUUGAUAAUGUGCCAAAUGAAUUUAGAUGAAUAAAAUAGGAUAAUAUAUAUUAGAAGAAUUUUGCUUCACCUCUGCUUAACUGGCAGUUCUGAUUUUUAAAGUAAAUGGUGGACUUUGCUUAAUGAGAAAAAUGUCUGAGCUUCCUAUGAAAGCAUGAAGUGAAGUCAGAAUGGACGUGAAUGUCUCUGAAAUGCAAUCCACCAAACAGAGGGUGACGACGCCGAUCGUCUUGAACGAAAUGAUACUGUGAAAUCCCACAACAUUUCACGUUUACAGCGCUGUGAUGCAAAAUGCCGUCAUUUUACAACUUUCUUGAAGCUUUCAUUUUAAAACAGUUUGUUGUAUAGAUCCUUUUUUUUUUAUUCUAAAAGCUGCUUUUUAAGAAGUUAAUCCAAGUUUUUGCCUUACAAGAUAACAAAUCCCUGGGUUUACUUUUAAUGUGACAUUGUAAAACCCAGCUCUUAAGUGUCCUCUGUGUUCAUCUGUCAUCAACAUUUACACAAAAUGCUGUGCAAUCUCCUUAAAGCACCUUGAUAGAACCCAAAUCUGAAACACUGUAGAACUCGGAAUGGUUUCUCUUUUCAGUCGUUUAUGCUGUUGUUGCUUUGAGCCUGAAGUGGGUUGAGGAUGUCUUUUAUUAGUAAUCAUGCAUUUCCAAAAAUCUUGGAGCGGUAAUACAAACCGAUAAUGCUUAAAUGUAAAGCACACGUUCUAAAUUGUGAAAUAUAUGCUACUAUUAGAGAGGAAUGUAUUGUAAAGCAGGAUUUUACCUAGAUUUCAAGUGUGAGUGAUGAUAAGAAGCUGAUAUUAAUUUUACUGUGCACUUCUUGUGCCUUUUUUUAAGGUCUACGUUGGCUAAUUCAUGUGAAGUACAAUCAUUUCUGAAAUUGCUAAUGUCUUUCUUUAGCUGUCCUCUAGGGGGAGACAGACACCAGCCGUUUUCAGAUCUUGGAAAGUUUCUCUGUUGCAUGGUAUGGUGCGGUUCAGUUUUUAUCAUCAUGCGAGCCAGCAUUUUUAUAUUGUGAUCCGGCUUUCUAAGACCAAAAUCAGUUGAUUCCACAGCUAUCUUAAGACACUACGGUCUUCUGAUUGGAUAAUAAUUAUCAUGUGACCUGACCUACUUAAAAAAAACAUGUCUUGGCAAAAAUCAAAGCUCGUGACUCCAAACUUUUUCCUUUUUUUUUUCAAAUGUUCUGAUGAAAGCAGUAAAGUAUUCAGGAGAAAACCAAGUUCCUUCCGCCUGAGUUGAGCCACACUUUGCCAUGUAGUAUAAAAAUGCCAUUAAGAGAAAAUCUGUAAUGAAGUCGGGACAUUUUAUCUGGCUGUUUUUAUUUAUGCAUGUUGAGAAACUGAAGAAACUUCAAUAAAGAUGAAUACCACCUUACUGAU